CGCUCCGCAUCCGUCUGCCCGCCCGCCGUCCGCCAUUACGGGCUCAUUUCGCCCGGCGUGGCGCGGCCCGCCUUGCCCGACUCCCCACCGCCAGGAAUAGAAGAGGAGCCCCUGGACGCCGCCCCCGCCUUCCCCUUUUCUCAACCGCCUUCGUGCGUGCGCUCUCAGCCGAACUUGUCGUCGUCGUCGUCGUCUCCUCCUCCUCUCCCCCCCCGCCACUCUCCGUCAGGGCGCAGCCUCGCCUCCUCUUCACUGCGCCUGUGGAAGCUUUCUGGGCGGUCACGUCGGUGGCGCUUUCCCUCAUUUGGGCCUUGUCUGAGGAGGGCGGGAAGAGGGAAGGUAGCAGCUUAGGUUGCGCUGGGUUCGGUGUCCGUCCGUUUACAGAAGCGGGUGGGGAAGCGAGGCGGCCUGACUCGCUCGCUGGCUCGCUGCUGUUGGGAGCGCCUGUCAUGGAGGAGCAGCGUUGGGAACGGGGCGAGGCGGCGGCGGCGGCUUCGCUGUGAGAGGCGUAUAGUGGGAGCAGCUCCGCGGAGAGGGAGCCGGGCGGGUCCCUCCGCAGCCCCUCCGGAAGGUGGUGUUAAUCUGGUCUCCUCUGUGUUGUCGGAAACGACCAAACUUCUGAUGGCCUUUGCAGAGACCUUAUUGGUUGGCCAUAUUUGGUUGUCCAAAGGUGACUGACUACAAUAACUUGUACCUUGGAUCCUGGCUGACAACACAGUUCUACCUCGGGGAAAUUCUAGGUUGUUGAAGAUAACAUUUGCUUUGAGAAAACCCAUGGGAAGAGUUCAUGGUGUACACACAUCUUCUGGAGAGUGUCUGUAGAGACUGUCUUCAGCUCUGUUGUUCCAGUUGUUCCAUCAUUUUUUAUUUUGAAGAACAAGCCAGAUUGUGAGGAAAAGACUAAAUGGAUCUUAAGACAGCAGUAUUCAAUGCAGCUCGUGAUGGGAAGCUGCGGCUCCUCACCAAGUUGCUGGCAAAUAAAACUAAGGAAGAGGUGGCUUUGUUGAUGUCAGAGAAAACAAAUGGUGCCACUCCUCUUCUAAUGGCAGCUCGCUAUGGACAUCUUGAUAUGGUAGAACAUCUGCUAGAACACUGCAGUGCUUCUAUAGAAGUUGGUGGCUCUGUGAAUUUUGAUGGUGAGACUAUUGAAGGUGCACCACCACUAUGGGCAGCAUCUGCAGCUGGUCAUUUGAAGGUAGUCCAGUCCCUGUUAAAUCAUGGUGCAUCUGUCAACAAUACAACUUUGACAAACUCAACACCUCUUAGAGCUGCCUGUUUUGAUGGUCAUCUAGAAAUUGUGAAGUACCUUGUGGAGCACAAAGCUGACUUGGAAGUUUCAAAUCGUCAUGGCCAUACAUGCCUUAUGAUAUCUUGUUAUAAAGGACACAAGGAAAUCGCUCAGUAUUUGCUUGAGAAAGGGGCUGAUGUAAAUAGAAAAAGUGUGAAAGGAAACACAGCAUUGCAUGAUUGUGCAGAAUCUGGUAGCUUGGAAAUCAUGAAGAUGCUUCUCAAAUAUUGUGCAAAGAUGGAAAAAGAUGGUUAUGGAAUGACUCCACUUCUCUCAGCAAGUGUUACAGGCCAUACAAAUGUUGUUGACUUUUUGACUCAACAUGUUGAAACAAGCAAAGCAGAAUGCAUCAAUGCACUGGAACUCCUAGGAGCCACAUUUGUGGACAAAAAAAGAGAUUUGCUUGGAGCUUUGAAAUAUUGGAAAAGAGCUAUGGAUUUGAGAUAUAGUGAUAGAACUAAUAUUGUCAGCAAACCUGUGCCUCAGACAUUGAUAAUGGCCUAUGAUUAUGCCAAGGAAGUGAACAGUGCUGAAGAAUUAGAAAACCUAAUUGCAGACCCUGAUGAGAUGAGAAUGCAGGCCUUAUUAAUCAGAGAACGCAUUCUUGGCCCUUCUCACCCAGAUACAUCUUACUAUAUUCGGUACAGAGGGGCUGUCUAUGCAGACUCUGGAAAUUUCAAACGAUGCAUCAAUCUGUGGAAGUAUGCUUUGGACAUGCAGCAGAAUAAUUUAGAUCCCUUGAGCCCUAUGACUGCCAGCAGUCUGCUGUCAUUUGCUGAACUUUUCUCCUUCAUGCUUCAGGACCGGGCAAAAGGCUUAUUGGGCACAACUGUUACAUUUGAUGAUCUUAUGGGUAUACUGUGCAAAAGUGUCCUUGAAAUAGAGCGUGCCAUCAAACAAACUCAGUCUCCACCUGACCAAAUACAGCUCAACAAAGCCCUUUCCAUCAUUUUGCAUUUAAUUUGCUUGCUGGAAAAAGUUCCUUGUAGUCCUGAACAAGAUCAUUUUAAGAAACAAACAAUAUAUCGAUUUCUUAAACUCCAUCCUAGGGGUAAGAAUAACUUUAGCCCACUCCACCUUGCUGUUGACAAGAACACUACCUGUGUGGGUCGUUAUCCAGUUUGUAAAUUUCCUUCUUUGCAAGUUACUGCUAUACUGGUGGAAUGUGGUGCUGAUGUAAACGCUAGAGACUCUGAUGACAACAGCCCUUUACACAUAUCUGCACUGAACAACCAUCCUGAUAUCAUGAAUCUUCUCAUCAAGUCAGGUUCACAUUUUGAUACAACAAACAAGCAUAAACAAACUGCAAUUGACUUACUCGAUGAGAAGGAAAUGGCAAAGAACUUGAUCCAGCCCAUCAACCAUACUACACUGCAGUGUCUAGCUGCUCGUGUAAUUGUGAAUCAUUGCAUAGAUUACCAGGGGCACAUCCCAGAAAAACUUGGGAAGUUUGUUUUGCUGCAUAGAUGAUAGUCUUGGUAGUAGGUUUUUGUACUGUGGGUGCAUGAGUUAGUAACUUUAACCGUUGCUUUCUCAAGCACUGUUGUUAUAUGCCAGCGGUACACCAUCAUUCAUUCAACUUGGUCCAUCUUGCUUAUUGGCUAAACCAUCAAUAGAAUUGGAUCUGCAGAACUGGUUAUCCAGUAUUUAAAACCAACAUACCAUAUAAUAUAUUUUGUGGAUUACUAAGAAAUGUAAUGUUAUAUUUGGACUCACUAAAACUGUCUGCCAAAGGCUUGUCUACUUUUGUUUAGUUUGGCUGUUGGUUGUUUGGGACUGAAUUGAAUAAUUUUUGUGGUGUUGUCUUAUUCUUGCUGAUGUGUGAAUUCUAUAGUUGAGAAGUCAUCUUUUUGUGUUGCUUGAGCAUUUCGGCUUCUUUUUUCCAAUGGGUUCAUUGCUGAAUUACAUAGGUUGUAUGGACUUGUUAACAUUUGCAAUUACCAUAAGUGCUUUUAUCCUCUCUAUGCACUGGCUUGAACAUGACUGUUUGUGUGUUGGCAUAUUUCUAUGCAUCACUUUGCCAUUUUUAGCUCUGCUACUGUUUUCUUCCAGUUUGUUAGAGCUCUCUUAAGAAUACACCAUUUACAGCAUGACAGUUCUGAAGACUUAAGUCAGCUGUCUAAGCCCUCAUUUAACUUUCUGCUCUUUGCUGUUUCUGCAGUUAUUUUCUAUUGAUUUUUUAGAGCUACAUUCUGAAUUUGGGAGUAAAAUAUGUUCUUGUUGGCAAACCCACUUAAAAUUAAGUCUGAAAGUUUUAAAAAUAUGUCUUGCUACAAGUGGAGAAAGGUCAUGAAUUGCCAUCUCCUCUGUGCUAGUGUCUUGCUUGAGCCGAUUGUGUGACUAGGCGUAGAGUUUUCAAAUUUAACCUGAAACUUAAUCAUACAGUUCAGUGAGAAGAAGUAGAUCACGUAUAGUCUGAAAUUACAACUCAAGAUUCUUAGCUAUGAAAGAAGCUAAAGCAUGUUGGCAUGAUGCUUGUCAGUCCUGGUCUAGCCAUCAGAUAGUAUUAAUUAUAUGGGUGUAGUCAGCAGCCCUCUGCAAGGGCUUCAGAAGUUUAAUAUUUUCCCCCCUUCUUCAUUUAAAUUAACUCUUACAGAUAAUUUGCAUGCAUUUUAUUCUCUGAUACCUUUCAGCCAUAUUUAUGGAAACAUCAGAGGCCAUGUUGAGUACGUAGCCUCUACUGAAAGCUGUCUAUUUUUAUAAUACUUGCACAACAGCUUAGCUAUUGCAGCAGAAAGGGCUUUUAAAACUUGAUAAUGAAACCUAAGUGAAGACUACAAAUGAGAUUAAGAUUCAGGUAACUAAUAUAAUUUAGCACUUUAUUGUUGAUUCAUAAUGAACGUUAUUAUGGCAUAUUAGACCUGCAAAUGUCUUAAAAUAAAAUGGUUCUCAAGAAAAAAAAGACAACUUCAUUUUUCCUUGAGUGGAGUACAACAUAUAUGCCACUUCUGUUUUCUAGUGCAUUGGGUGCUUUGUAGAGCCAUUGACUGGAUGCCUUCUUUAGGUUAUAAUGUUUAAUUCCUCUUUCAGUUCAGAAAUACAGCACAUAGAUUACUAAGAAAUUAUGGUAGUUGACAAUAGAGAACCAAAUCAGUGCAUCAGGCUGACACAACUCUGUAAAAGUAUACCACUACUGCCUUCAACUGAUUAUUUGAAUUUCUAUAGACCCUUACAGUUCUUUUUUUCCCCUUGGUAUUCACACUAUGACUUUUAUGUUGUUAUCUCAUUAGCCCAGUUCAGACAUAAAAUGUAACCAUGAGUUAAUAUUACAGAUUAUAGGAGGCUGUUGAGAAUCUUGGGCCUGUGCUUUCUCCUUGCCUUUUCUUCUGUUCCUUUCUGCAUGAGGAAAGGAAAACAAAAACCUUCAUUCUCAGUUUUGGGUAAAUUACAGUUUCCCUUAUAUUUCAACUUGGGGAAAGAGUGAUUCAUUCUAACUAAGGUUAGUUCAUACUAACCAGGGUUACACUGUUGUUUCAGAUCAUUGUUGAUUAUAUAACCACUGUUUUCUAUAUGUUUUGGGAAUAUUUGGGUUUUUUUCCCUUUCAGAACUAUAAAGUAGAAGCAUUUAGUCUUCUUCCUUACAUGCCAUGGAGAAGGAGGAAGUGGGACAUGAAUGUGGUCAUGGUACAUCAUAAUUCAACAUUACAUCCAAAUGGGACCAUUGUCUAGUGUCUCAGACAAAUUGAAGUGACUUCAUUACACUAAGAAAGGACACAUAGAGUGCUAUUUGUUGUAAAAUUAUCAGAACUGGCAAGAAAUGUAUGCAUAUUUGUUGGUGUCCAUGGGCUCAUAUGGAACAUUUUUAACAAAAGCAAAACAUUUGCUACAAGUGGGGUUCACUGACAUACAACAGAAUGUUUGUAUCAGGUUGUUAGUUUUAUAUUGAUUAGAUUUGUGAUUAAAAGCUUGAGCAGCUUCAAGAAAAAGUUAAAAAAUUUUCAUAUAUAUCUUCAGAGCUUCCCUCUUGUGCAAGUAGAUAGUUCAUAUUUUGGAAGGGGAAAAACCCAACCUACUUUAACCUAAAUAUAUAGGACAUGAGCAGAACAGGGGAGACCACAGAACGCUGUUCUCUCAAAUUCUUUAUUUUUUUCCCAUUUUUAGUAGAAUAGAGAGAGGAAUACCACCUCUAUUUUUUGAUUAAUUACUAAAUAUAUUUCUUGCUGAUAAGUAAAAAAAUACAGUAUUUUGUAAAACAAUUAAGUAGCAGUUAGUGGUUGCUAAAAGCUUACUGUAUUCUCAGUGUAGCUUCUCAAUUCUGAAUAACAGGACUCUCAUUUAAAUCUUCCUUUUUAAAAAAAUGAUGUAAAAUGCACUUCCAAAUUGGGGACUGUUGGAAGCAAAGUUUAGUUCUCCUGUGAAGCUUGGAACUGAAUGCAGGGAACAAAACACUUCAAGGAAGUAUUGACUGAUUAUUUCUGCUUCCCUCUUUAUCUUGGUGUAAAUUUCAGACACACUGAACACAUUUGUUUUUUCUUAUUAAUUAGUAAUUGUGUCUUACGUAAGUAUUGCAUAUGUCUUUCAGGUAAAUAGCAUUUGUGCUUGGAAAGAUACAAAAAUCUGUAUCAUUUUGUAUCAUUCUGACACGAUUUAAUUCAUUCAAUUUAUCAUUUUUUUACAUAUUUCCUUUCUGUAUACAAUACUUGCUGUUAUUGAUUGGAGUAGAGCAGAAUCUGACUGCAGUGAGCUCUCAAAAUAGUUACCUGCCUAAAUGUGGCCUGACAAGAAUAUUUGGAAAACAUAUUGUACAAUGACAAUGUACAUUUAGAUAGUAUUGUAUAACAGGAAAGAACCUAAGAGUGGGAUUUAAAUGUUUUGAUGUGGACUUGGGAGUGGAGCCUCUGUGUUCUGCAGAGGACUAUCACUGCCAGUCUUCCUUUAGCCAAAUACUGUAUAGUAGUCAUUGACUGUGGCAGUGUGUGUGUGUGUGUGUGUGCGUGCCUUUAAUCCUGAAUCCAACUGUUUUACAGAACCCAAAUAUUAAUUUUCGGUUAAAAUAUGCACCAUUUUGUAGAUUUUAUAACUGAAGACAAACAUUUCAAGCAAGAACUAGGUUGUGAUUUCAUCAUAUUGGGCAGUUGCCAAAUUCUUCUGAGAGCUCCUUCUCUUCCAUAUUUAAUUUCUCUUUCCCUGCAUUUAGUUCCAUUCUCUAAUGUCUAGCCUUUUUCCAGUUGGUGCUUCAUUCCAAAUUCUGCAGCUCUUCUAUAACUCGCACACAUUGUCAAACUAAAAAUCCUUCGAAGCAUGCAAAAUUGCUCAGUUUGCAUUACUUUAGUGGCAGCAAUUUAUGCUGGUGGUUGCAGAAUUUGUAAAACUGUACAGAAUGUGGAACUGGAACUAUAGAUUUCUUAGUAUAUGCAUCUUCGAAAGCAGGAUCCUGUAACUACAUGUUUGUAAGUUUGUAGGAAUUUGAGUUAGGUGUUUUACGCAUUAGCAGUGGUCAAGCCUGAAUAUCUUUUUCACAACCUUACCAAAUUAUUACCGUGAUGUUGAAUGACCCACAACAGAGGCUCCCAAUCUUGGGUAACUUAGGUGUUCUUGGACUGUGGCUUCCAGAAAUCCUGACCAGCACAGCUGAUUGUGAAGGCUUCUGGCAAUUGCAGUCCAAGAACGCCUGGGUUACUCAAGGUUGGAACCACUGACCCAGAAUACUAGAAUUUUCUAAACCUGAUUAGUAAUUACUAGUAUGAUAUAUCCACCUUCCUGGAGGAGCUGUACAACUAAGCACAUGCAAAAUCACCUGUGGUAAGAAUGAUCUUGUGAAGGAUCUUUCUGGUAUAGGUAUACCGCCCAGAAUAGUCUAUAGCAGUGGUCCCCAACCUUGGGCCUCCAGAUGUUCCUGGACUUCAACUCCCAGAAA